CGGCGCGGGCAGUCAGAGCACCCCUAGCCUGGUGUCGGACGCGGCCGCCGAGCUGGGUCAGUUCGCCGGCCACGAGGCGUUCCGAUUCGGCGGCUCGCGGGGCCGGCGAGCGCUGCUGCAGAGAUUGGCUGACGAGCUGGGGCCGCUGGUCAGACAGGAGCAGAGCCAGAGUCUGACGGCGCUCAACGGCGGCGUAGCGAGGCUGGGAGACAGUGAGAGAGACACCGAGAGAGACGCUGAGAGAGACGCCGAGAGAGACGUGCAGAGAGACAUGGAAAGAGACGCCGAGAGGGACCCGGAGCGGGGACAGUCGACCCCGAGCCGGAGCCGCAGCGGGGAGCGGGGCGAGUCGCCGACAGACACAGAGCUGGACCGACUCUUAUGGCGCCGACUGAGACCCGAGUCGGCCGAGCGGCACAUCAGGGAGCGGGUCGAGCUGGAGGUCAGCCAGAUGAGAGACGAGCUCACCAGGCAGCUCGGUGACGGCAGCGCGGAGUCGUCCCCGGUCCCUCCGCGGCCCGUGGCGGACGGCCGCCUUCAGCUGACUCCCGGCACGGUACCUGUACCGGCCGGACCGGGUGUCUGCGGUCCCACUGCCGCCGCCGCUGUCAGUGCCGUCUCCUCCGCUACCGCUCCGGCUGUCCUCUCCAGUACUGCGGGUCCGCCGCCAAACCAGCCCGGCAGCACGGCAGACGGCGCCAGUGGCGGAGACUCGACCGCUCUGAAGGAGUACCUGGAGCACGCGGGCCGGCCGGGCGCGCUGGGCGGUACCGGGGACUCGGCGAGUGUGGAGGUGCGCCGGGUCAGCCAGCGGGAGGAGCCCGGACAGAUGGAACUGCAGGCGGCGUUCACACAGCGUACCUAA